UAAAGGGGCCACAGACGAUUACAGAUGGAAAAUGCAAAGCCAUAGGAAAAUCUUUUAGGUCUUGCAGCAUAAGGAACUACAGCUUGAAUUAAAUUGUCUGUGCCAUGUAAAUGCUUCGAAGUUUGCAAUGGCAGAAACUAGGCCUUCAGAAAUUAAAAGAGCCCGAGUAAGUUUGUCACUCAGUAAAAAUAAGGAAAAAAAAGGAACAACAAAACAUGUGAAAGAUAAAGGACCACCAUCUACACCCUCAGCAUCCUCCUCUAUUACUUCCUUCUUUAACAACGUUCCCCCUGCCAAAAUUGCCUGUCCCAUGUGUGGGCAAAUGGUUCUGAGAUACAGAAUAAAUGAGCACAUGGAUGAAACAUGUCAGAGAAACCGUGGUGAGAGGAGUGUUGAAUCAAUGACACCAAAGUCUUUUAGGAAUGAGAGUCCCCCAGCUGCAAAUGUGGACAGUAAUUCCAGCUCAUAUUUUUCAAAAAACGUGCUAAAUCUAGACAUAAACCCUUCCAAAAGCACUUUAUUGAAAACAGAAGAGAGUGCAGCACUGCAGGUUAGUCCUUAUUUUAGCAAUAGUAGUUCGGUCUGUAGUGUUAACAGUGAGCCACAGGCUCAAAGAAUUAAAAUAGUAGCUUUGGGAAGCUUGUCAUCUAAACUGUCCAGGAGACGAUGUAUCCAGGGCAGAAAACAGAUCAUGUAUAAAGAGAUUGAUUCUUCACCUCCAGCUGUAUGUAAUACACAAAAAAGUGCUGCAGCCUGGGUCGAUGAUGAGAUUGAUGCUGGGCAUAGUUCUCAGAAAGAAAAUCAGCUUGCUGAGGAAGAGCACCAGGAGCAGAAUUUUUCAAAGAAUCAAUCUGAAUUUCAAGAAGAAAUAAUCAGCUGUCACGGAGGAAAUCUUCUGGAUGCUGUUCAAGUAUCCUUACCAGCUGAGAACAUUCAUGGCAAAAGGUUACCAGUUGGUACAAGGGACACCAAAAAAGGUGGGAGUGAAGGUGUGGUACAUAAUCUUGAUGCAUUUGAAACACAUUUAGCUGUUUGUACUUCAACAGAGCUGAUCAAUAGUUUGGAAGUCAAGACUCAGCCUCAUCCUGUGGUUAUGCCUUCUUCCAAGGCAGAAGUGGACUGUGGUACACAGAAUUGCUUUGGCAAGGGUGAUAUACUUCCUAUGGAAGUUCAUGAAGACUUUAAGGAUGAAAUUAGCCAUAUUCUGUCAGAAACUGUGGAAAAGAUAGAAUUUCAAAGUUCAAUUGGUGACAUUUUAGGCAAAAUAAAUGAAGUCGGUUCUGUGCGCGGCUCUCCUGGUCACCCAUAUUACCUCCAGAAUUUUUUAAUGGUGCUGCAAGCAGUCCUGGAGAAUGAAGAUGAUGUCAGACUCUUUGAUGAGCAAGAUUUGGACAUCGUAUCCAAGUUCUGCAACUUGUCAGUUGGUGGGCAGAAGUUGUAUGUGAGACUUUUCCAACGGAAGCUGAACUGGUUAAAGGUGAACAAAAUAGAGUAUGGAGAGAUAAGUACGGAUUUGGCACCAAUAAUUGAAGAACUGGCUGAAGCCAGAUUUCUGCAAACAGAAUCUGAACUGGAAGACUUGUAUGAAGGGUUGGAUUUGCUUUCAGCCCCUGAGCUAAAAACAUUGGCAAAGGUCUUUCACUUGCCAAACCCAAAUGGUCAGAAACAGCAACUUGUGGAUGAUUUUCUGAGGUUGGCUAAACAGCGUUCAGUCUUCAGCAGGAGUCAGGCUGGUAUUGGGACAGUGAUUUUAAAAAGGGUGAAGGACCUGGCUGGAAAAUCUGUCAGGAUCUGUAAAGGCCCUCGGGCUGUCUUUUCUCGAAUUCUGCUGCUGUUUUCCUUGGCUGAGUCAAUGGAGGAUGAAGAAGCUGGUAGUGCUGGUCAAGGCCAGCUCUCCACAGUCCUUAUGGUAAACAUGGGGCGUAUAGUAUUCCCCAGUUACACUGUAAAUAGGAAAACACAGGUCUUCCAGGACAGAGAAGAUCUUAUAAGGUAUGCAACUGCUGCUCAUCUGUCAAAUGAUAUAGCCACAGCCAUGGCAAAUGGGAACUGGGAAGAAGCUAAUAAUCUGUACAUGAGUGCUAAAGAAACCUGGAACAAACUGAAAAAUCAUCCCUCUUUGAGCUAUCACAGGGCUCUACCUGAGUAUCUGCGAUACUUCACAGUUGGCUGGGUGUAUACAAGAAUCCUUUCUCAAGGUGUUGAAAUUUUGCAGAGACUUCACAUGUAUGAGGAAGCCGUGCAGGAGCUGCAGACUCUUCUGUCUCAGGAUGUGUAUUGUACUGACAGCAGAGGGCGAUGGUGGGACCGCCUGGCUCUGAAUUUACAUCAACACUUGAAAAACACUAAGAAGGCCAUUGACUGCAUCAGAAAUGGGCUGGCAGACCCAUUGGUACGUACUGGGCAUCAGCUCUCUCUCUACCAGCGGGCCCUACGAAUCAGAGACUCGCCAAGCUGCAAGCAGUUCAGAUGCCUGCUUCAUGAUCUGCCAGUCAUAACUGUGGAGGAUGUGACACAUGUUACAAUCAAAGGAAAGAUGUGUCCUCAGAUGGGAAUGGGAAAAUCUGUGUUUCUAAUGGAGGAUAUUACCAGUGAAGAAGGAGGUGAAGACUUCAGUGUAUCCACAGUAAUGUGCUCAGUUGAGGAGCUGGCAUUAACUCAUUACAGGCAGAAUGGUUUUGAUCAGGGUAUUCAUGGGGAAGGCUCAACAUUCAUUACCCUGUAUGGUAUUCUGAUGUGGGAUAUCAUUUUCAUGGAUGGCAUACCUGAUGUUUUCAGAAAUUCCUAUCAGACAUUCCCUCUGGAUUUAUACACUGAUAGCUUCUAUGAAAACAGGAGGGAUGCAAUUGAGGCCAGACUCCAGCAGCUUCAUACAGCUUCUUCAGAGACACUAGCAAAACUGAUUGCUGACACCUGGACCACUCAGGAGGGGAAAGCAGCAGCACUGGUCAGCUGGGGACGUUUUAGUUCCCUCCAGCAAGCUCAGAACCUUGUCUCUUGCCUUGGAGGAGUCUUUCUGAGCGGCGUUUUUAGGCGACUUUCCAAAGACCUACGCCACUGCAAAGGGGGACUUCCUGACCUGGUUGUGUGGUGUACUCACAGUAAUCACUUUAAGCUGGUGGAAGUCAAAGGUCCCAAUGAUCGCCUGUCCCACAAGCAGAUGAUCUGGCUGAGUGAGCUGAAGAAGCUGGGCGCUACAGUAGAAGUUUGUCACGUGCAAGCCACUGGAGGCAAAAGUAAGCGUGUCAGUUGACAACAGAGGUCUGGAACUUCCGGGUAACUUGAGUGGUUCUAAAGGCACUAGCAUAGCACACAGUACUGGCUGCUGCUUAUUAAAAGUAGUUUAUAAGUCUUUGGGACGUUUUUGCACAAAAUAUUCUAGAAAGCAGUUUGAGAAGGCUGUUGGGAUAGAGUUACUGCAUGUAACGUUGUGUUCAGAAGAACAAAGCCUUCAUCUUCUAUACACAAUUCAUUAUUUAUUCUAUGAAAGGUUCUCUAGGGGGUUUGUUCAGUGAGAACAGCUGCAAUCCCACUGCUACCCAUG